AUCAUCACCACCAUUUCCCCCACCAUGAAGCCUCCUCCUCCCUUCUUCUAUAAAAUCUCCACUAAUUUCCUUAUGACCAAAAAAAAAAAAAACUCGUUUAUAAUAUCAACAAAAAUAAACCCAAGUCUUAGUUAGUUCUUAAAUUUUCAUCUCUUAGGAGAUUUUUUUAUUAUUUUACAUGAUGAGGAAGCCUAACAAUGGUAGCACUAUUACUACUACUAACAAUAAGCUUAGGAAAGGGUUAUGGUCACCCGAAGAAGAUGAUAAGCUCAUCAACUAUAUGUUAACCAAUGGCCAAGGUUGUUGGAGUGACGUAGCUCGGAAUGCUGGCUUGCAACGGUGCGGCAAGAGUUGCCGUCUCCGUUGGAUCAAUUACUUGAGACCCGAUCUCAAACGAGGUGCCAUUUCGCCAGAAGAAGAAGAACUAAUCGUCCAUUUACAUUCUAUUCUCGGCAAUAGGUGGUCUCAAAUUGCGGCUCGCUUGCCUGGGCGUACCGACAAUGAAAUAAAGAACUUUUGGAAUUCGACGAUAAAGAAAAGGCUCAAAAAUUCUUCACCAAACACCACCGAUUCAUCAUCGUCAAAAUUUAACAAAGAUUCCAAUCCAGUCGGCUUCAUUACAAUGGAACAACAAGGUGUUCUUUUGCCUACGUACCUCGAUUUAUCGUCGACUUCGUCCAAUUCUUCCUUGCAAUCAACCGUCACGAACCCCGGGACUGCGUUCGGUGCCACCAUCGGGUACUUUGCGACAAACGUCAACGGUUUGUACGGUGAAAACGAGAUGUUAUGUGGGGAGGAACUAUACAUGCCUCCUUUAGAAACUGUUAGAGAAAACCUUAAAAUCGAGAAUACAUUCGAAAGUAACAUCACCACCAUCCCCACUACAAACAACAACAAUAUCAACAACAACAAUAUCGUAGAUUGCAGUAUGAAAUCGGAGAACGUAAUGACUGGUGCGGCUAUCGGGAAUUUUUGGUUAGGUGAAGAGAUUAAAGUUGGAGAAUGGGAUUUGGAGGAUUUGAUGAAAGAUGUUUCUUCUUUUCCAUUUCUUGACUUUCAAAGUCCAAUAUAAUUAAAACAUUUUAGGUCAAAAUUAAAACAUUAAAAAAAAACCCUAGAGUUCAUUACCAAAAAAAAAAAAAAACCUUAAAACCUUGUUUGUUUGAUAGCGAAAAAAAGACUACAAAAUUCUCAUAGAUUUCGACAAUACUUACAAAAAAAAAAAUCAAAAUCAAAUAUAAAGUUUUUUUUGGGGGGGUUUAUUUUUUAGUUUUGUCUCUAAAAAAAAUAUUUGUAUAAGUUUAUAGGAUAUAUAUAUAACUAUGGAAUAAAGGUGGCAUGAAAAUCUUUGUAAUUUUUUGUAUUAUUGUGAAGAGGAAAAUGGGUACUUUGAUUGACUUAGAACUGAAAUAAUAAGCCAUGUAUACACUUUGUAAUAGAAAUUAGAAAGAACAAUUUCAAUUUUUAAAGUAAUAUUGUUAUUAUUGGAUUGAA